AUGGGCAACAUUUGCUUCUGCUGUCCUUCGAACGACGACUUGAAUGAUGACGAUGUGUCGGCAAACGAGCGAGAUGGUCUCCUGCAACGAAGGAAAAAGCCGUCGAGUAGUUCGAGGAUCCUGGGGAUCAUUCCAGUAGACGACGAUUGGGCCGAUGAGAUUUGGUACGAUGCGUUGGAACACAAGGGCAGCAGUAGUAUUCGGAACACGCAUUCCGUGGACAGUGGCAUGCAUUACCACGAUGCGCAAGAAGAAGAAGAAGAAGAACACCAAGAAAAAGACGAAGCCGUCUUUUUGUUUUCCGAUGACGAAUUGUCCAUUUUGAAAAAUGCCUUGGCGGAACAGUUCCCCGACGACAGUCACUACAUGAGCGAUGCCUAUCUACGAUCGGUCGCCAGCAAACCGUACAGCAAAGACCCUACACAACGACGUCCUCUGGAAUACACUCUGGAAAAACUAAUUCACGUGCUGCAAUGGCGACACGAAAAUCGAGCGUCGCAAUUGCCCACGUAUAUUGAUCACUGCAAUACACUCGACUAUAAACAACAACCCAAAUUUGCUCAAGCCAUGGUGGAAUCUCUCAACAAUGGAAGCAUGUAUUGGCACGGUCUCACCAAAGGUGGUCGUCCCGUGCUAUGGAUUCGCACCAAUCGAAAAUUCUGGUAUCCCAACGUGCAAGCCGAAGUCGAUGCUCUCAUUGCCAUGGCCGAUGCCGGAAUUAUGGCCAUGCCACCGGGUGUGACAGAUUUUGUCGUCGUCAGUCACUCGUACAAACCACCCCCGCCCAAUCCAACCUUUGCCUUUCAAAUGUUAAAGGGACUCGUCAAGGGAUAUCCCGAUCGCAUGCAGUCUCUCAUGAGUGCUCCCGUAUCGGGCAUUGUCGAAUUUUGUAUGAAUUUGUUAUUGCCACUCAUGCCAGGACGGUUGGCACAUAAAUUCCACUUUUACAAUGAAGCCCAUGCCGUACAACACUUGACGAGAUUGCUACAACAUGGACUCGAUGAUAUUCCAACCUUUUUGGGAGGACCCAACAAAGAUCACGAUGUAUACUAUCCAGAACAAAACAAAUGUCCCAGUCGGGGUCAAGGCAUGUUGACAUUUGAUUGGUAUGGAAUGAAGGAGCGUCUGCAAGAGCAAUGUGACUUGUUUGCGCAACAACAGCAAGAACAACAACAUCAACAGGAACAACAACAAAAAGACAUGAUACUUCACCAAGGAGACAGUGUGGAUGGGAACAUUAUAGUGAACACUAAUGGUUUCGUUUGA